GAAUCGUCUUCGCGACCGUAAACAUUGAGGUGGUGCGUUUACUCGUGGUCUCAUGUGCUUAAUUCUGUCAUGGCGGAACUCAGCUACCAGGCCAUUCGAACGGCAAAUCAAGCCAGAGAGGCUGAUGAGCUAAGAACAGACUCAAGACGAAAAAAUCUGCUGAUCUUGGUUCUGAGUUACCUUACAGAGGAGGGGUACUUGGAAUCGGCAGCUAGCUUAGCUAAGGAGACAAACUUGGACAUGAGUAGGUUUGAAGUGUGUGAUAACAUAGACCUGGAGACUGUGUUGAUGGAGUAUGAGUCAUACUAUUUCGUAAAAUUUAACCGUUACCCAAAGAUCACAAAGAAGACAACACAAAGCGCUGGCAUGGCAGGAGAUAGGAAAACAGGCCCACAGAAAGUUCUCCGUGGUAACAGCAUGGUUAAAACAACUGCCCCACCUUUACCCAGGAUACCACAAAGCUUGAAACCCACGAGUCCUCCAGCAAGGCCAAGAUCAGGAAACUCUGGAGCAAAACAGAGGAACUCACAGGCAAGCUCAAAAACAAAGAACCAGCAGCAGAAUCAAAAUGGUACCCAUCACACCAAUUGCCACAGUGACCUUGCUCUCCAAGGCCUGGUCAUACAAGGUGGGGGCAGCGGAAACAGCCAGCCCAUGGAAAAUGGACAUGACCCUCCUGGACCCAAACACAAGAAGAUGGGUCAAAUUAUUGAUAUUCGCUCCAUGAUAAACGAUGUGACCAAACUGAACAUUGAGGAAGGAACUUCAGAUCCUACAGACAAACUGUUAAAGCCAUUAGGAGGGUACAUGGGUUACAACAGUGAAUGGAGGGACUUAGCACAGAAUAUUAGUCGGGAUAUAUACUCUACCAACCCUAAUGUUAAAUGGGAAGACAUUAUAGGGCUGGAUGGAGCCAAGCAAUUAGUCAAAGAAUCAGUAGUUUACCCAAUAAAGUAUCCCCAGUUGUUUACAGGGAUUCUCUCCCCUUGGAAAGGCCUGCUUCUGUAUGGACCACCAGGAACUGGAAAGACGUUGCUAGCAAAAGCUGUAGCCACUGAAUGCAACACCACUUUUUUUAACAUAUCUGCCUCAAGUAUUGUCAGUAAGUGGAGAGGAGAUUCCGAGAAACUGGUCCGCGUAUUAUUUGAGAUGGCUCGAUUCCACGCCCCCUCCACCAUAUUUCUGGAUGAGUUAGAGUCACUAAUGAGUCAGAGAGGGUCUCAGGGUGGGGGAAGUGAGCAUGAGGGAAGUCGACGAAUGAAGACAGAGCUCUUAGUACAGAUGGAUGGACUGGCCAAGACAGAUGAUCUCGUCUUCUUACUGGCUGCUUCUAACCUUCCCUGGGAGUUGGAUCAUGCGAUGUUAAGACGACUAGAGAAGAGAAUCCUGGUAGACUUGCCCACCCAGGAAGCCAGGAAGGCCAUGUUUAAACAUCACCUCCCACCUGUGGUGAACAGCAAGGCAUCCGGGGGUCUGGAGCUGUACUCUGACAUAGACUACGAUCUGCUGGCUAGGAAAACCCAGGAUUACUCUGGUUCUGACAUCAAACUGGUGUCCAAAGAAGCAGCCAUGAGGCCAGUAAGGAAGAUCUUUGCUGCCUUAGAAAACCACACAGAAGGUGAAGAUCUGCACAUAAAACUAGACAAGAUUACGACAUCUGAUGUUCUACUGGCUUUAGAGAGAACUAAACCAUCAGCACGGACCCUCAAAGACAAAUACUCAGCUUGGCAGAAGGAAUAUGAGUCCGCCUGAACAACUGAACUCUCGUGUGAAGAGGCCGACAGACGGAACAUGCAGGACAGGAAUACUCUGCAUUCACUGUAGUUUGGUGCAGUUAGGGCGUUUUCACAAGUGUAGUGCAACUUAGUUUGGUAGUCAGCUGAAAUGGUGCAUCAGAAGAUAGGGCCAUGGGCCGUGGGCCUAGCUGUAGUGUGAGCUGUGAGCUGGAUGUGUUUCCCAAGCAGUAUGUUCAAGACAGUGUAAAGUGAUCACCAUCCUUUAUGGGCCAGUGAAAACCCAUUUCAAUCUAUUCCCCAGAACAAAAUGCAGUUAGAUGUUUAAAUUGUAAGGUGGGCUGCAUGGACCAUUUUCUGACAGUGCUAAAUCUGUUAC